GUUUGUAUAUGCGUGUCUCCUCCCUUCAUGUUCUCAGUAUAGUCUGUCAGUGCCAAUAUAGCGUGGGAAGUAUCAGGUACAGAAAAAUACCAACGCCAGGUGAAUCUUCCAAAACUCCAGGACUUCUUUCCAUCACAGUUGCACCAUCAUAUUGAUCAAGCAUUAAUCUCCAGUUACUAAGGAUUCAUUUUUAGCCUUUCAUUGAAUUUUUAUCAAUCCAAGUCUAGCCACACCAAAAAUAUGGCAUCAGGUGUCAAAGUCCAUGAUUCUGUUUCACAAGCGUUCCAUAGUAUGAAGCUCAAGAAGUCUGCAAAGAAAGCCAUAUUCUUUUGCUUCAGUAAAGAUGAGAAAAACAUAAUUGUCGAUGAAGAAAAAGAAAUUCUUUCAUCAGAUUGUAAGGAUGACUUUUUCCAACGUUUAAAGGCAUUGUUCCUCCCAAAGCAGUGCUCCUAUGCCUUGCUGGAUAUUCACUAUGUUACUGGAGAAUCUACAAAAGAAGAUCUCAUUUUUGUGAUGUGGGCUCCUGAAGAUGCAUCUAUCAAACAAAGGUUGCUUUAUGCUAGCUCAAAGCAAUCUGUAAAACACGUAUUGACAGGAGUCCAUAAGCAGUGGGAAGUUCACAGUCAGGAUGACCUUACUAUAGAACAACUGGCACAGAAACUCUCAACCAACAAAGUUAAAAGUCUGGAAGGAAAGGCUUUAUAGAUCCACAGUGCCACCAAUAAACAGAGCCUGCAUUUUAUGUAACACUGCUGAGAGAUUAUCAAAACUGUUUCUUUUACAGAUUUUUAUAUUUUACAAAAUUUAGCAAUAUGUUUAACAAAUAGUAGUACUGUCACAAUGAAACCUUUCAGAAUAAGAAUCAUAUAUCAUGACACCGAAUGGAUUAGACUGGCAUGACAUGGUGAUCAAUCACAUAUGUAUUGUAUUGUUAUGUGAGAAUUAGUAUUAUGAGGAAUUGAACUUUAAAAUAUUACACAAAAAUUUAAUUGAUUUAUACAGCUUACAUAUAUUUUAUAGACCAAAUACAUCUAGGUAACUAAGUACAUUUUAAAAUAAUAUUAUCUUGUCAUUUUGUACCUCCCAAGUGUCCCUAUUUAAGAGGGACGGUGGCUAAUUCUGAGGUCUGUCCCACUGUCCUUCUUAGACAGCCAUAUGUCUGGAUUUGCAGAGUUUCCCUUAGCCUUGCCCAUACUAUCAUACAGACAGCACACAAACUAACCAAACACACCCACCAUCCGGCCAUACAUGCCAGGGAGAGUCCCUAAUUCCUAGCCAUAAAUGUUAGGUGCUAUGUACACAUAAAGCACAUCCCUUCAGCCAUGCGGUAUGUAUAUGUAAGGCACAGCCCAAAAUGUUUUUAUAUGUUGCUGUUGCAAUGUAUGCAUUCUGUGAGUGCUGGCAGUAAUUGUCAGAAACCACAGAGAUACUACGGAUGCAAUGUAUUGUGCCCCUACCUUUAAAUAAGAACAAAUCAAAUAUAUAUGAUUCAUUAAAUCUAAUUUUGGAACAUGUCAAAUUGUCAAAAAGCAAUAAAGUUAUAAUGUUCAGCAAAA